ACGAGUGCAUUUUUUUCAUAUAACACGAAACGGUGCAAAGUUAUGACGCGAGCGCAAAUUGCAAAGAGUGCGCGCGCUGCCAAAAUUUCGUCCAUCUUGACUUUUCUGUGAUGCGUUUUUCAUGUAAAUUAAUAACUUACAAGUAACAACAUGAUAUUCGUACAUUUUGGUUUGAGUAAGCACUCAUAAAUUUGUCAAAAACUACAAAUUGCACUCGCCAACGAGCUCGCACAAGUAUUUUGUCCUUGAAAAAUUUACUUGUGCUUAUUAACACCAAAUUUCAAUCGAAAUCCCAUUUAGGAGACGCAAUCGCGUGACUUUAGUUUUUCAUCGAAUCCGAUCUGAAAGACGCCUAUUUCAAUAACAAACGUUUGGUCAUGAGAUAUGAUGCCAUGGUGCUUUAUUUAAAAGUUGCCUUAGUUAGGGCAUCGCCAGAUCAACCGGUGCUCGAUUUCGGGUGGCCCCGGUUUUACUUCGGGUUCGAUGUUGCAGGGAGCAGGAUUGUGGACAACUCCAGACUCUUUCCAUCAAACUGAAGUCCCCGUAUUUUUUUUUUUUUAAAUCUCAGCAAUAUUCGCACAUAAUUGGAAAAACGCAUUUAGACAAAUAAUUGAGUGCUUGUAAAUGAAGCUCAUUCGAAACUUUAUUUCAGCUAAAAAGUGAUGACGAUAAGUUACUAACUAGCAGCGCGAGGUAGGUAAUGUAAUGUCAUCUCUAUCACUGUUACUGAUUGUCGGAAGCACCACAAGCACCUCCCACAUGACAACCACAAGCAUGUUCCUAGUUACCAAUAUAAUUUUCAUGCACUAUAACCAACAUCACUGUUAUUGUCGCCAUUUUUGUUACCAUUACCCUUGUCACCACAUCACUGACACCUUCUUCAUCACCAUGAUCAUUUCUUUUUUUAACCAGUGAUUCAUUGUAAACCAAUACUUCAACUUAAUACUUCGCGGCGCUAACCUUCCACGCAUCCCACAGAAACAUCAACAUUAGCAUUAACACGUUGUCUUCUUUUUUUGUCUAUAUUGUUUAACUGCAUUUUUUUUGGUUUUAUUCCAUCUUAUCUUUUAUUAGAAAACACGGAAGCGAUGUGGAUAUAGGUGGAAAUGUUUGUGAACCUGAAGAAAGUAUUUGGGACCAGUUUAUAAAUGCAAUUAAACGAAACACCCCGAAAGCUACGAAAAUCUUAUGUCAGACGAUUUUAUGGUUCCCUCUCACCCAAGGAAGCUGAAAAAAUUGUUACUCAGUAUGAAGAUGGGCACUACCUUGUUCGAGAAAGUAUGAAUGAUGACGCUCCCUGUUACGCUCUCACAUUCAGAUUCUUUGGAAGUAAUAAGCACUUAAAUCUGCAGUAUGAUGGCAAAAUGCAUUAUGUAGGUGGAAGGGGAUUUGAGUCCCUUGACGACCUCGUUAACGAUGGCCUGACUUCUAUGUACCUUGAAAUGUGCAUACAGAUCAUUAACCACCGAGUGAAGGGCUCGUAUUCUGAGACAAGAGUUGAGACUCCCUCAGACAGGGAUGAGGAAAAUUUGAUCAGCGAACAAGAGAGUAUGGAUCAACGUAGCAGCAACGAUCAAAAUGCUGGAAAAGUUCCCAGAUUUGAUGUUGUCAAGAGGUUACGGGAGAUUGCACCUGCUGGCACAACAGGUCCCUUGCUACAAGAAACUUGUGACGUCGCGGAUAUUCCUAUUAGUCAGAGAAGGAAUUUGACAAUUCACUUGAGCGGUGGAAAUGAAUGGCAGUUAUUGGCAGAGCGACUGGGCUUGAGUUCGGCAGAAAUACGUUUCCUUGACAACCGAGUGAUAAACCCCUGUGACGCCGCUUUGGGUCAUGCUCGUAAACAAGGCUUGGUUCGUACUGUGGGAGAAUUGUACGACAAGCUCGUAGAGUGCGAGUUCCCUAUGUGGGCAGAUUUGCUUUAAAAAAAAAAACGGGUAACUGAAUUCUGGUUUUAGAGUAGG